UCUGACAAACAACAGAGCAGGAAGUAGUUGAUAGAGAUUUGGUUAGACUUUUCUCUGGGAUAGUUUUGGAUAGCUCCUGGAUACCAAUACCAUGGAUAACUUCCAGACAGUACUGCGUUUCUUCAUGAACCAAAAAACCACCAUUGGUUACAGUUUUAUGGCACUCCUAACUAUAGGUGGGGAACGAGUUUUUUCCAUGGUUUCAUUUCAGUGUCCAUGUAACCAUGAGCAGAAUUUCUCGUAUGGGCUGACUUUUCUGCUUGGUCCAGCUGCUGUGCUUUUUGUUUUGGGUCUGUUCUUCAGCAGCAAGCUGUGGAGGCUCUACACUGGCUGCUGCCUUAACCCCAUGAAGCUUUGUCCUCGAGGGAACUGCCUUGGCUGUUUCAGGGUCUUAUUGAGCAUUAUUACUGGUGCUUGUGUGGCCCCUGUUAUGUGGCUGUGCGUGGCCUUGCUCAAUGGGACCUUUUAUGAAUGUGCCAUCAGCGGUCUGGAUGAUAACCUGGUUGUGAAUCUGUUUUGUAAAAACAAGACGUUGCCCGACAAAUGUCGGGAGCAGCUGGCCCUGGUUCCCUGUGAUAACUCUAAACUCUCCAGUGAUGAACGGAUGAAGCUGCUGCUGAUGUUCAGGGCGCAGUCACAAAUUUUGGGCUGGAGUUUCAUAAUUGUUGCUGCCAUUGUAGGUCUUUUGGGCACUUGCUGCAAAAACUGCCGCUCCCAGGUCAGUUACCUGCAGCUUACGUUCUGGAAGCGUUAUAUUGAGAAAGAGAAGGAGCGCUUUGAUGCCUUCACUGUGGACUAUGCAACAAAGCUGGCUGAGAGAAACCUGCAGAGUUUUUUUGAGAACAAAGAACCUGAUCCCAUGCCAUUUCCAAACCACAAGGCAUGGGAGGAGAUCUCUGCAUACUACACUUUCUCCAGGAGUGAACAGUAUUACAGUACUCUGCAGCGCUACGUAGAGCGGGCAGACAGGGAUUUCACACCAGAAAAUCGACCCGUUCUGGACAUGGAGCAUGGGAUAGAAAUGAGCUGAACAACAACCCACUGAAGAGAAAAACGAAGGUCUGCUAACAAAAUGGAUAUUAAAAACACUCAUACAAUUUACUGAUGGUAUUUAACUAAUACCAUAUUUGAUCAUUUUCCACAACCAGCUACAGACAACAACAAAUAAACAGUAAGCAUCACUGACUGUGUCUUGCUUGAGAGUCUAAAUGGUCACAUAACUUUAUUUAUAUAUAUAAAAAAAGUCCCUAAGUUAUUUUAAACAGUUUGGAGUUUUUUUACAUUUAAUUUCCACUGUAAUUCUAUAAAACCUUCUAUGAAGCCUUUACAUCAGGGGUCAAUAACCUUUUUGAGACUGGGAGCUACUUCACCCAUACAGAGUAACAUGAAGGGCUACUUGUUUGAUACACAUACAUUUUCUUGGCCCAGCCUUUGUAACAUAAUACAUUUACAUACAUAUGAUUACAUGCUGCCUGAUCAUAUUAGUGUAAUGGACUACUCACAAUAGUUAUCAGUAAUAAUUGACCAUGGCAGCUUUGGUUAAUUACUAUUAUGUGAUCAGAUGUUCUUAGUUCAGAGUUUUAACUUUGAUUCCCUUUUGGAGCUUUUCUGUGUGAAUCUAAAUUGCCCACAAGUGACUGAGAGUUUGGAUUUUUGCAGAUGCAGCUGCAGCUGUACGGCUGGACGCACUGUGAGAUUUUCUUUUAAAUAAACAAAGAAAAGAACA